CAGAUAUGGGGGAAAAAAAUCUGGACGUGAUGUUUGAAGAAAACACCACCACAGCUAUCAAGGAGUUCAUAUUUGUAGGAUUAACAAGCAGUCCUAAAAUGCAGAUCAUCCUCUUUUUAAUAUUCUUUCUCAUUUAUGUAACUACUUUGAUAGAAAAUCUAGGAAUGGUUGCUUUAAUAGGGACCAGUGCCUGUCUCCAUACCCCUAUGUAUUUCUUUCUCAGCAGCUUAUCCAUUCUGGAUGCAUGUUUCUCUUCUGUGUUUGCUCCAAAGAUGUUAGCAAACUUUUUAGCAGAUAAAAACUCAAUUUCCUAUACUGGAUGUGCAAUACAGAUGUACUUUUUUAUAGGUCUAGGGAGUGCAGAGUGCUUUCUCCUUGCUGCAAUGGCUUAUGACCGGUAUGUAGCUAUCUGCAAACCCUUGUUGUAUCCUGUCCUCAUGUCUCCCAAGGCCUGUAUUCUUCUGGUGGUAGGUUCCUAUGUUCUGGGUCUUUUACAUUCUUUUAUACAUACUAUUUUUACUUUCCAACUUUCAUUUUGUGGUUCAGUUAUCAAUCAUUUUUUCUGUGACAUCACUGCGCUUUUAUCACUUUCCUGUUCUGAUACUUACAUCAAUGAACUUCUGAUCUUUUAUGUGGCUGGGCUUGUGGAAGUAAUCACCAUCCUGAGUGUAGCAGUUUCUUAUAUAUACAUUCUCACCAACAUUGUAAUAGGGAUUCACUCUGCCGCAGGCAGGCUGAAAGCUUUCUCCACCUGCACUUCACACCUCAUCGUGGUUACCAUCUUCCACGGGGCAAUCCUUAUUUUACACUUCCAACCAAAAUCUAGCAACAAAUCACCCCAUCAAGAUAUGAGUGACAAAAUUCUUGCUGUUUUCUACACAAUUGUUAUCCCCUUACUGAACCCUUUGAUUUAUAGCCUGAGAAACAAAGAGGUCAAGGAUGCCUUAAGAAGUUCUUGGAGAAGAGCCUGGGUCAAAAUAAUUAGCUAUUUUUUUGUUUAAAGAAAGCAACAGUUUUCCUAAUUUAGAGAGGCCAUGGUAUUGUAAUUAAU